GCACGGCGAGCUGGUAGCGGCGGAGCGCUGCGGGCGGCGCAGCAGGUGCUAGGGAGCGAUGACAGUGUCGGAACCUCAGGGGGCCGCGGGCGGGGCCGAAGCGGUGCUCCCGAAGGAAGAUAUUCGACGGGUGUUUCCAAUUAAAGCACAGUCUCCAGACUUGCAACUGGGUAGUAAUGUUUCUCGGCCUGAUGGCGGUGAGCUGCUAGAUUUCCUCCAGUCAGAGGAACAAUUAGUAGGUGCCUCGAAUUCAGGAGAGGAUUUUUACGACUCGCUUCAGGCCCUCAAAAGGAAAAACAGACAAUGUUUGUUAGAACUAGGUCUGAUGUACCAGGUACAGUUGGAAAACCACCAGGAACCACCAGAGGAGAACAAGGAGCUGGAAGACUUUUUCCAGGAAAAUGGAAGAUUGACAUUGCCUUCAAAGUUCCAUGAAGCUUUGAGAUCUGGCAACCUAAGAAGGUUCAAUUCGUUGACUAACAUCACCGCCGAUAACCCAAAAGAUGAGCAAUAUCAUCAUUCGUUUCUUCAGUCCUUUUCAAGAUCAAAGAGUGCUUCAGCUACAUGGAUCUCCUCUAUCACUGUCCCUCAACCCUUCAAUAUGACACUUCGAGAAGCUCGCAGAAAGUUGAAGUCCCAUUCAUUGUUUGAAAUUGAAUCAGCUGAAUACAAAAGGCAAAGCCUAGAAGAAGCUGAAUGUCAGAAACAGUUCAGAGCACAACCUGUGCCUGCUCACAUCUAUCUGCCACUCUACCAAGAAAUAAUGGAAAAGAAUGAAAUUCGCAGACAAGUGGAAACACAAAAGAGGAGAGAACUGCUCCUUUCAAUGCAAAAACCCUUCAGUUUUCAGGAAAAAGAAGAAAAACGAAAGGAGGUGAUCAGGCAGAAUAUGCUAGAAGUAUUGACUCCAGUUGAGAAAUUAGUGCCAAAAGUCAGGAAGAAGAUCCCCAAGUCCACCUAUGAACCAAUGUUUGGGGAUAAACUCAAAGAAGCUGAACUAUUACGAAAAAUCCGUAUUCAGAUGAGAGCCAAGGAUUUAUUGGAAAGUUCCUGGGCUCCUAUUGAGCUUGGCAAGAGAAAAAAACGACCCCAAAUUACCUCUGUAAACAGGGAGAAAAAACUGAGCUUUCUGCAGGAUAACUUCAGUUUUAAACCAAGAAUCAAUACAUCUGUGCCUGACUUUGAAGGACUUUACUGGGCAUUCCAGAGAGAAGCUUUAAGCAAACGAGAAAUCAAAGAAACAACUCAUAAUAAACCAUUCAGACUGAGAACAUCUAAUCUCUGUUGCAAACAUCAAGUGCCUAAUCAGGCGAUGAUGGAUUUUCAACAACCUUCCAGGGCACCAAUACAAAGGAGUCGGUCUUUGAAUUACCUUUCAUCCCUCUCCUCCAACACACUUCCAAUAUAUAUCACAGAUGCAGUGAGAAAGAGACAGUCUGCUAUUAAACGCCUUCAAGAAGAUAAAAAAUACAAGGAAAAUGAAGGAGCUCGUUGGGCAGAGUUGCAGAGAAAGAGAGGUCAAGCUAUGCAUAAGUCUCUGAACUGCCGAGCAAAAGCUUUGGAUCCACAUAAAAGCUUGGAGGAAACACACAGAGAAAAGCUGAAGCAAAACUGGCAAAAUGACCGAAAAAGAACACAAGAGUAUAAAAAGGAACUAGAAGAGAUGAAGUUGCGAGUCAAAAACAGACCAUAUAUGUUUGAACAGAUCACAAAGCAAGGUGCCCGUCAGGGGGCAGAGAGGCUUUUUCGAGACACCUUGCAGCAGUUUGGGUUGAAUGAAGAAUUUGUGAAAAGCAAAGGAAGAGACUCCACUGACCUAGUAGGGAAGGAGCAGUCUGAAUCACAAAGGUAUUUAAAGAACAGAAAAUCACCAGUAGCUUCGUAAAAAAAUAGUCUCUAC